AUGACGACCUACGAAAGAGCGCCCCUGGACGACCUCGACGGUCUAAAAGACGACCAUUUUCGCGAUGGAAUGGCGCGGAGCGCAUCGCGCUUGAGCUCAACCUCAACUCUUGUCCCCUCGAACACGCACCGGGCACGUCGGUCUGGGGCGUGGAAAGCCUAUCUUCUCAUUCUUUCCCCAUUGAUCUUUGCUUCGGCCAUAUGUGCCGGUCACCACGUCUUCCUAUCAGUCCUCGAUGGGAAGGACGUUGACAGCUUCUCGAUAUCUCAAACGUGGUUUCGAGAUGCUGGGAAUGCCCUCGCGAAGAUUGUUCAGUUUCUUCUCAUCGUGUCGGUUGGGAUUGUUCUAACGCAAAGCAUAUGGUCGUAUAUCCGAGGACAUCGCGUGACGUUGAGGAAUCUUGAUGCCUUGUACUCGCUACCAUCCUUCUCGAGUCUACCCUCGAUGGCUGCAGGGGGCCGCAUAGUUGGUGUCCUUCUCCUGGCGGUUGUGAUGAAGACACUCUCCCUUGUUUCAAUCUUCGCGCCCAACGCCCUCUCGGUCGUGCCCGCAUCCUACGAAAGGCGCGACUUGAUUGUCCCUGUUCCUGGUCUCGAUGGCAUCUCCCUGCCAACCAGCUCUUACUUCUUUCGCGAUGGGUUAUGCGCCGGAGGCUCGUCAUCAACAUGCGACGACGGAUUCUUCUACAUGAAUCCCUCGUCUAGCUUUCAGAGACUCACUCGUCGUGUUUUGGAUGGCGGUGCCAUACUCCCAUGGGCGCCUCCCCCGGGCUGCAGCCGUGGGUGCAGUUAUGAUGUCCAUUAUUGGGGACCCGCUUUGAACUGCACCAUCAUCCCGCCGAGCUCAAUAGAGCCCAUCGACACAGAUUUCGCAUCUUCGAGCGGGCUUCACAGCACGACCGACAUCAAGGUCACCGAUCCCACACACUAUCUGGAAGGGGCCCACGUUUACAACGCCACGACCAACUUUGGGUCUGGUUAUACUUGGAAUGGCGGUCAGGAUCAGAGUCAAGACUCAGGUUACGUCAAAGGAUCGCCGAUUGCGAUGUUCUUCUCGAGUCCCCCCAAAGACUCGUUCUCCUUUGACGUCGUCUAUGCCACGAAUGAGUUUAAACUGCCGUUUACGUCCCAAACUAUGAUAUCCUACAAUCUGACGGGUUAUACUUGCGCCUUUCAUAACGCAUCGUAUACGGCCUCCGUCAACUAUACGAAUGGCUUCCAGACGACGUCGAUCGAUAUCACCGAUUAUGGCGCCCCAUUGGGAUCGGUGCAAGAUCUACACCAGGAACUGCCCGCGUCAUACGUCCAUGAGACAGACCCAGAUAUAUUGUCCUCAUUCGCCGCUACGAGCCUGGCUAAUGCUAUGUCUCAAUACGUGUACGGGAACAUUGCCCUGACAGAGAUCAGUCUUAAUAACUUGAGUUACCCUACACUGGCGCCUGCGUACACGAGCGUCCUAAACUCCAUUUUCACCACCCAGACCACCUUGGCUGAUGGCAGCGGUCCCAGCGAGGCGGAUACGCUGUCGCUAUCACUCAUCUCAUCAGCCUACGACAAUCUCGGACAACUUCUGGAGGACGCAUGCACGAACUUGACGGCGUCCUUGAUGUCGGACACCGCCAAUCUCGGGCUUAACCAGUCUGUGUCGGCGAUUGUCAUCCCCGAUCACAACAUAUACAAGUACAAGCCAUUUCGCUUGUGGCUUGUCUACGGCAUCGCUCUCCUGGUCACGCUCGUAGCUGACAUAUAUGGCCUCAUUUGCAUCCUCGCGAACGGCGGUGCGAUGCAACGUGAUUUCUCUUCCAUCGCCGCGUCUGUGCGGAGCCGCGAUCUGGACGCGCUCCUCGGCGAGCCCGGAGAGCCCUUGACGGAUCGCGCGAAGAAGGUCAAGCUGCGAUACCGAGGUGGAAAUCCUGUGAAAGGAUGGAGGGCUGGUUUCACCGUUGCUGAGAAUCCCAGGGGCGAAGAAGAUGCAGAGAUGAUGGCCGAAACGACCAGGUUGACGAAGGAACUGUAG